GAACUAAUAAACUGGGCCGGGAUCUUUUAAAUUUAGGUAAGAAUAAUUGACCUAAGUAAUAAACUAAAAUAAUUAAUAAUCAGUGCUUCAUUAGCAUACUUUAAGUGUUUCUAAAAUUUGAAAAUCUGUUCAAUGGCUGAUUUGGUCACCAUGAUGGUUGGAUAAGCCGAAAAUGAUAAGGUGUAAAAAGUUAUACAAUUCAUUUGGUUUUAGUUGGCUGUAAAUUUUCUGCACGGUGCACAAUUCGUUAACAGAGGAUCCUUAAUUUUCCUAAUCAUAUGUUCAAUCAUUAUCGUAUAAUGUAGUUGUGUACUGUUCCCCUUUCCUCCCAUGAGAUAUCAAUAAACUUUUUUUUCCUUCACGUUCCCAGUGGAACAUAGGGCUUCAAGCUAGUGACUUGAAGUUUCUGUAGCAGUGUUUAAUUUUACAGGAUGGGGCUGCCAGCCUCAUGCCCAACCUUUCCUCUUCACCAGCUUUACUUCUGGCUGAGUGAGGUAAAGGAGUGCGCCGGCCGAGAAUCGAACCCCAGACCAUAAGCAUCGUUGGCGAGCAUCCUAACCGCUGCGCCACCGACGCAAUAAACAGUUAGCAUUUAUUGGCAUUUUUCUCUCUGAAAACUAAUUUCACACCAUUAUUUCUAGCAAGCUUACUGGGGCAUAUAUUUACUCUUCUAUUUUAGAUUCUGUGAAGGUGGAAAAUGUGACGGUUGAAAUGUUAAAUGGAGGUGCAGCUCAUGUGGUCAGCUGGAGCCCAAUAGAAGAAAAAUACUCCCAAUGCAUAUCGUACUAUCUGAUAUGCCGAGUUCAUAGACGUACACGGCCAAAGAUUUCAGUAUUGUCUCUUGUAAAAAUACGCGUGAAUGGACAUUUAAAUAACAUAUUUACAGAUUUCGAUGAAGAUCAAAGUUAUAUUUAUAAAGUGAAAGUGUUUUUCAAGAAUUCUGUAAGAACGAAAUUUUCUCAGCGUGUUGAAAUUCAUACCGCAAGGGCACCUAUUUACAAUUGUAACUGCAGUUUGAAUAAUGAACACAAUUAUACUGGUAUUAGGGUGCCAGCUCUUGUUGUCGAUGUAAGAAACAGUGUCAUGUAAUCGGAAAAAAACCCGAUCAGGUGAAAGAAAAAAGAAAGUACAAAUAUGUGAUUGACGACUUUUGUUUAAACUAUAAAAUGAAAUAUUUCUCUUUUUUGCAAAUUUUAAUCCUUGAAAAUGUAAUUACUUGAAAAUAAAAUUUCACAUUGGCUGAUUUAAGUCAAUUGUAGAAUAAUCUAUCAAGAGAAAAGAUAAAGCCAUGAUUAAAACCACGAUUGAUAAUGAUGAGGUCACCUCGGCUACCAGUAAAUAUACAGUCACGGCCUCAGUACAUGUUGGUUUUUAAUGCCUUUUAUGCAGUGUUUCUGAAUGAUGCCCAGAGUAAAUGGUACGAAAAAUUCACAAAAUAUUAAGUUGCUUAUAAUUCGAAAAUGUAGACAUGAAUUUUCAAGAAGACAAAAUACCAACU